AAUUGAUCUCUCUUUACUCUCCCAUGCUUCGUACAACAGUCUAAUUGACCCACCUUUCCACCGUCCCCGCAACCCUACUUCUUGUCUUUCAUUUAUCGCGGCCAAUCCCAGUUUAGCUCUGAAUAAGACUCGCCUGCGCCACACCCUUGUUUGGUGACAGGAACGCUCUUUCUUACCAAGAUUCAAUCUGGCCUCUUCAAGCCCUGGAGCCUCUGCCUUGAUUACUUGAUUACCAACACUUUGAAGGCUCGUGCGCCUUGUUAUAUAGAGUAUACUGCACCUCAUCAGACUACUACGGCACGUAGACGAUGAGGACAGCAGCGCAAGUGUUCUAUCUGGCAGUUUUCUCACUGUUGGGUACUUCACAUGCCGCGAGCCAUGCUCCGUCUGCUGCAAAGACGAAGCCCUCGCCUUCCAACGUCUGCGAAGUAAGCAACGGGUCAACGACCUCCUGCGCCCCGAGUGCACUUCCUUCUAUUCCUCAGAACCAGAGUCCUAAACAUACUGUACAGUUUGAACCCGGGGCAAUUGUAUCCGACGCCUGUGCGAGUUACAGCACCCUCGAGCAGCUAAAUGAAGCUAUUCACCCCUAUCUGCAUUCGAUUACACAAAACACGGAUUUCUUCUCGCAUUACCGGUUAAACCUAUACAACAAAAAGUGCCCCUUUUGGAGCGACGAGAAUGGCAUGUGUGGGAAUGUGGCGUGUGCGGUGAACACACUGGAGAACGAAGAGGACAUCCCGCUUGUAUGGCGGGCGAAAGAGCUGGGGAAGUUGGAGGGACCCACAGCGCAGCACCCGGGUAAGAAACAACAGAGGGAACAUAAGCAACGGCCCUUGCAGGGUAGUUUGGGAGAAAACGUCGGCGAGAGCUGCGUCGUGGAGUACGAUGAUGAGUGCGAUGAGCGCGACUACUGCAUCCCGGAAGAUGAGACCGCCACGGCGAAGGGCGACUAUGUCUCGCUGGUGGAUAACCCAGAAAGGUUCACGGGAUAUGCGGGCGCCGGACCGCAGCAGGUUUGGCAGGCAAUCUAUCGGGAAAACUGCUUCAGCAAGCCGCCGAAAAAUGAGCCGUCGUCCACGCCGCAGAUGUCGCCGUUUGGCAGUCAGGAGCAGUGGCUUGCGGCGAGCCAGCUCAGGAACGUCAUGAAGCAGCAGGGCGUGCAGCAAAAUAUCCAGUCGGCUAUUGCGCACGGUACGGCUGUGCCUGCGUCACAGCUGGAUCCCGUCGAAUUUGACGAUACGUGUUUGGAAAAGCGCGUCUUCCACCGCGUCAUCUCCGGCAUGCAUGCUUCGAUAUCUACGCAUCUGUGCUGGGAAUACCUCGACCAGAAGACGGGGCAAUGGCACCCGAACCUCACCUGUUACGAACAACGUCUGCACAACUUUCCUGACCGCGUGUCCAAUAUCUACUUUAAUUACGCCCUCAUCAUGCGCGCCGUUGGUAAGAUCAAGCGCCAUAUAGAGGACUACUCGUUCUGCUCCGAAGACCCGGAGCAAGACCAACGUACGAAGAACAUGGUCCUUCGCCUCGCCUCCUCCAUCCCCUCCGGCCCCGAGAUCUUCGACGAAACGGUCAUGUUCCGGGAUCCUGCCUCGAUUGCUCUGAAAGAAGAGUUUCGCAAUAAAUUCAGGAACGUGAGUCGCAUCAUGGAUUGCGUGGGCUGCGACAAGUGUCGGCUUUGGGGUAAACUGCAGACGAACGGCUACGGCACGGCGCUCAAAGUGCUUUUCGAAUUCGACGAGAACGAUUCGAGCAAAGAUCCACCUCUGCGCCGGACGGAACUCGUUGCUUUGUUGAAUACUAUGGAUCGGCUUUCGCACUCGCUGCAUGCCAUCAAGGAGUUUAGACGCAUGGUAGACGAACGCGAUGGAGCCUCUAGUCCGGUCUCCGCACCAUCGGAGGCAGAGGAGGAGACGCGGCGUCUCUCCAAUGAGAAGGAGGAGCCAGAGAGCCCAACAGACGACGCGCCGGACUUCAGGCGCGACUGGGACUCCACCAAUAUGACCAUCAUGGACGAAUUCUGGGCGGAGUUAAAUCUCGUGACGAGGGUGUAUUUGCACGUUCUGAAGAGUUGGUGGGAGUUGCCGAGGAAAUUUUCAAAGAUCCUGCUUUUCGAAAUGUACCGCCUUUGGAAUUACUGGAUUGGUCUCGCUGUUCCCGGUCGGAGUUGGGAGAUUAAGAUUCCUAGCAGGGAUGAGCUGUAGGUUGGGAGCGUGGCAUGUGUUUGAUAAUAGAGAGUUCAUUGUAUGCAUAGCGAGGAGUUGGGUUUUAGGUUUCAGUGCGCGCAUUCUGUGCAUAUAGACGGCGUUGUGGGUGGUUUGGCCCGGGUCGGAAAGGGUUCUCAUGUGGGCAUUUGGUAUAUAUAGUGGCGUUUUCGAAGAACACUUGGUGUUUGGGCCGAUGUACUCUCGCAGGGUGCCCCUUUUGCUAUGUGUAUAUAUGUUUAUAGCCACUACGCAAAAUAGUAUGUUG